AAUUAUUCUUAACUCCAGCACGGGCAAAAGAGACCCUUAAGAAAAUGAAUACCCUGCUUUUGUUAGAAAUAGUUGUUUUUAUCACAGACAGUAAUAUUUUUCUUACACCAGAUCGUUUGCGUAUAAGCACUGAUGAUAACGAUUUAAUUUCAGAUAUUCAAAUUUAA